CUUCUGAUGGGUGGCAAUGGUAUACACCACUCGGAACAACAAAGCUUUCAGCCUAAAGAGAGACAAAAAAUAAAAUAAAACUAUUUAGCAAAGUAAAAUUCUGCUAAGUUUACCAAUUUUGAAAAUCAAGAAAAAAAAAGCGGAAUCGCAAAAUGGCGAAACUCACUUGCGACGGAGGGACCGGCCAGGGCCAGACAAAAACAACAGCAGGGAUGCAUCUCGAACGCCUCCCUCACAUUGCACGCCCAGGCGCCCGAAGCCCCGUGACCCGGCCGCACAGGACCGUGCACCGUGCGCUGGACUCCUCGUUUACCGAAGCCCGCCCGCGCUUCCCGCUCCGUCUUCACUGUCGGCUCGGCGACCAAGUUCUUGUGAAAGCACCCUGGAUUGAUCGUCUUCUGCUUCUUCCAUCUGGACCUUCUCCUACAGUGGGUCGUGCUUCGUCGCUGCCGCUAUGACUCACCUGCUGGACCUCCCCGACGACGCGCUGCUGGCCGUGCUGGGCUUCCUGCCGCUCAGGCAGCUCUUCGCGUGCCGCCGCCUGCGGGACCUCUGCCUGCACCGCUACCUGUGGCGGCACGUGUCUCUGGAUGGGGAAAAUGAGGGUGUGGUGCGCGCCGCGCUGGCUCUCGCCCCCUGCCUCAAGUCGAUCGAGUGCUCCGGGCCCAGUGCCGUCCAGGCAUCCAGAGUCAAAACCACCAACUGCGUAGUGACGAGGCUAACGUUGUUCGUUUCCGGUCAGAGUAACCGGAUGGCUCUGGCAAUCGAAAUGAUUCAGAGGCUGCACGCUCUGGGCGGGCUGAGAGAGCUCCGUCUGACCUGCACCAAUCGCCGGACAAUGACGCCGCUCCUUCAGGCGGUCUAUGAUCUCCGCGGCCUCAAGACGCUCCUAUUGGACGCCACAGGCGCUCAAGAGUGUCUCCCGGCUGCGUGGUGCGACCGAGAGGCGGAGCCCUCAUUGAGUGACCUCGUUUUCGUCUCACACACCGCAAAUCCUUUCCUCCAACUGCUCCUGAAGACUCACGCAUCGACUCUGCAAAACGUGAGGCUGCUCACAGGGGACCACGUACCUGUGUCCUCGUUGCUCAACAUCCCCGGGCUGCGCUGCCUGAGGUGUUCCCCGAAUGUUGACCUGAGUCCGUUCGUGGCGCUGCCCAGCCUGCGCACCAUUGAGCUCUUCGACGCAGAAGGCUACCACCGCGGUGCGUUGCAGUUCCUCCGUGAAGCGUCGCACCUGCGGAGUGUACGGCUGUGGGACUGCACGGACUCUGUUCUGCUUGCUCUGGGCGAGUCGCCCUCUGCUCCACUCAUCGAACAGCUGGUCUUCACUUUCAGCAAGCGCCCCGUCUUGAAGGCGCUGUCAUUGGCCCUUCCCAAGUUUCACGCUCUGAAGGUUCUCGACGUUCAGAGCGAAUUCUUUGACAGCCUAGACACCGUUUGGCAGGUUGUCUGCCACGAGCCCACGCCGAGGCUCAUCACCCUGGUGGUAUAUCCUUUCGUCUACGGCGACGGCAGGUGCCUCCACGAGUGGCUGCACAGCCGCUAUGUCCAGGAUGUGCUCUGGACGAACCCCUGGCUUCACCUCUGUGUGAGAGCACAAAACCUACGUGGUAGGUGUAAUUCAUGUUCGUGGUGCCUUGAGGACUGCCACCAACUCCUUCGACGCUCUGCUCCUAGGUCGUUCUCGUCGCACAGCAAGAAGGCUGGAUGCCCCAAGGAUUGCUUUGACAUUACAGCUUGAUAGGCAGGGGACUGCUUUUCAGUCCUAUUUCGUGGUGUAAUUCUAGUGCGUGUUAUAUUCUUGUUUCUUUAAAGUACUACUUGAACAUGUAACUAAGGAAAAUUUCUUGUGUUAAUUUCAUGUGUAACUUAUACAUGUUACCUUAUGUUCUGCGGCCUGUACACCUAUCAGAGUAAAUUUGUUGUUGCCCUGCA